CCAAUUCUCAUAAUAUAAUUUAUUUUUUCUUCUUCUGUAUUUUUCAAACUAUGAAAAUUUCGACUUCGUUUUCUACCCUCCCAUGCAUUUCAAUCCUCAAUGCUGAGAAGAAAACUGGAUCAAACAAACCUAAGAACCAUUAUAUGCCUUUUGGUCUGGUUUCGGCCUGGAACAAGUGCCGGCGAUCAAAGUCCCAUUACCUUACAGACCCCUGGAUUUAUAAACCGGUGGAGUACUGGCAGCUCGAGGAUAAAACCCCCCAACUCACCAAAAGACACCACCAUGGCUCAUCAAUUUUCACACUCAAAGAAAUGGAAGAGGCAUCAUGCUCCUUCAGUGAGGAAAAUUUGCUCGGAAAGGGAGGGUUUGGGCGUGUAUACCGGGGAACUUUGCGGUCGGGAGAGGUUGCAGCGAUAAAAAAAAUGGAGCUCCCACCUUUUAAAGCAGCCGAGGGAGAACGAGAAUUUCGGGUCGAAGUAGAUAUCUUGAGCAGACUUGAACACCCAAAUUUGGUUUCUUUGAUCGGCUAUUGUGCUGACGGGAAGCAACGAUUUCUGGUAUAUGAAUAUAUGCAGAAAGGGAACCUACAAGAUCACUUAAACGCGAUUGGGGAAGCGAAAAUGGAUUGGCCUCGACGGCUCAAGAUGGCACUUGGAGCAGCAAGGGGACUAGCAUAUCUGCAUUCUAGUUCUGCUGUAGGGAUUCCCAUUGUUCACAGAGAUUUCAAAUCCACCAAUAUUCUUUUAAGCGACAACUUUGAAGCAAAGAUAUCGGACUUUGGACUUGCCACGAUGAUGCCGGAGGGCCAGGAAAUACAAGCGACUGCUAGAGUGCUCGGAACAUUUGGCUACUUUGAUCCCGAGUAUACAUCGACCGGAAAACUCACUUUACAAAGUGAUGUUUAUGCAUUUGGAGUGGUUCUUCUUGAACUUCUGACUGGGCGUCAAGCCGUUGACAUUACCUUGGGACCAAAUGAUCAAAACCUUGUGCUACAGGUAGGAAAUCUUUUCUCACUCCUAAUCCUACUUAUUAUGGUGGUUAAGUAUAUUAGGUCAUUAAACAUGACCAAAGUUGAUAUGUUACAGGUAAGACACAUAUUGAAUGAUCGGAAGAAACUACGCAAGGUGAUAGAUUCUGAGAUGGGUCAAAGUUCAUACACCAUGGAAUCUAUAGCUAUGUUUGCAAACCUGGCAUCACGGUGUGUGCGUCCUGAGAGCAGUGAGAGACCUUCCAUGGCAGAAUGUGUAAAAGAGCUCCAGCUGAUAAUCUAUACAAAUGCGAAAAGCUUGGGAGUGGCCGUGGCUCCCAAUAAACGCACGUUCUAAUUGCAGGGUGAAGAUUAUGUACAACAAAAUUGAAAUCCUUUACUUCUUCUAAUAAAAGAAUUGUUGAAUCUUCAAAGCUUGGUGAGACCAAGGGAGUCUACGACGUAAAUUAAUAAUGAAUGAAAUCAAAGAUAAGAGGGGAUCAUUUUCUUGUAUCACUAUGUUUUGGAAACUUUACAACCUUUGCGAUUGUAAAUUAUAUACUGUUAAACUCAGAGUAUAUGUAAUUUGUACUUUAUAUAUGUUUUCCGUAUGAGUUUACAGUCACAAGCAAGAGAGAAGCAUAUUACAAUUUCAUGUAUC